GCAGCACCUGCUCCUCAUUCAGUGCCUACGUCCUGAUGACGUCGUGUGCGGUCAGACCACAGACGCCCUCUGUGUUCAAACCUUCACAAACAGCAGUAAAUACCUAGUUUAUGAGAGAAAAAAGGUGGUGCCGGAGACUCAGACUAACGGUGGAGAGAGACGCGGCCGCAGCACCAUCAUGCAGCAGAGCUCGGUGAUCGUGGUGGCGGACAAAACCACCAUGAAACGGCCGUUUAUCAUGGCAAACACUGUACAUAUGGCACUGUGUUUCUCCAUUCUGACCAUGACAGUAGCGUGGCAUAGAGAUCUGGUCCAAACUGGCAAACUGGUUUCCAAUGUUUCUGUGGUGUUAAUGUACGUCAUAGUGAUCAGCUGCCUGCUGCUGUCGAUGCUCGGGGUGUUUGGAGCCUGGAAAGGAAAAAGAUGGUGUUUGAUUCUGUACGCGACAGGGAUGGCAGUAGCCAGUCAAACAAUUAUCGUCAGGACGUCACUGAGCUACCAAGAUAUGUACGAGAAACGCGUUCUACGAGAAGAGGCAAAAUUGCGUUCGAUGAUGCCACUCAGUGGAAUGAGCAAAGCUAACAAGACCCUGCUGUAUCGUAUUCAGGAAGAAUUUGAGUGCUGCGGUCUCAUCGAGGGAUACAAAGACUGGGGGCCGUUCAUUCCUACAUCUUGCAAUUGUCAGAAACCAGGAAAAUGUAUUCGACUACGAGGCAGCGCCACACUCGGGGCUCCUAAGAACCAUUACGUUUAUCAAAAGCCCUGUCUGCCUGUUUACGUUUCAGAAUUGAAGCUUGCAUUUUCACUGGCGAUGGCUAUACAGUUUGGAAGUGGAGUGUUCUGGAUGGUUUUACUAGUCAUGAGCAUCAAGCUAAUGGGCCAGAUCAAAAGAACACAGGAGUUCAUGGCUCUUCUCCAUUCAAACAGAUAUAUUCCUGGUGCCUUUUAGCAACCUAGUCCCUUUUAGUACAUAUUCAAAUUAACUUAUAAACUUGCACAUGUAAACACAUUAUGCUGUAUACGACACCCUGGCUACAUUUUAUGCUAUAGCCAAACUAUGAUUUUUUCCAAGUAUUAAUGCACGUUACCAAUGCUGCAAAGUUAACCUUCAUGUAUAGAGUAUAAAAUUUGAAUUUUUAACUCAAUCUAUAUGCAUAUAUGAUAUAUUCGAACAUGCUUUUAGCAUCUCGCUUGAGGUUGUGUUCCAACGUCAAUAUCUAGCCAAAUAUUUAGAAACUUUUCACUGUUUUAUUACUGUGUUAUUUUAGGGUGUUUUCUUCUACCAUCUCAAUUGCCUUUACAUCUGUGUUUCAUAAGGCAAUAAUUAGUCCAGUGACUUUAACGGUACACGUUCAAGACAUGCACGGAUCACAUUUCAACAUGGCAACUGAAGAAACUUCACAGACUUUUUUCCGUUUGCUAACGCAUUAAGUUGUCAGCACCAGGAAAACCAUUAUUUUUCCAUCACUUUUCAUAGUACCUGCUAUGUAGCAUCUUUCUGAAACAGUGUUUACAAGGUGCUUUGAUUAAAUUGUUAAAAUAUUGAAUUAUUGUGUGUUACAGCAUUUAUUUGGGUAAAUAAUCAGGUUAUAUGUGGAACUGAUGCCUUGUUAUGCAGAUUGUAUAUUUCUUAAAUUAUUAUAUUUUUUAGAUUUAGUUUUUUAUUAAGGCUCAUGUUUAAUGUAUAAAUGAUGUUAGAGUAUGAUUUUGUUUAGUUUUUUGGAUGCACAUCAUGUAGACUUGGCAGUAAAUUUCAAACCUAAUCUUCAGGAGUGAAGGCAAAACGUGUGCACACUGCAGAGACUGUACUGUAUACUGCCCCACCUGAUACUACCCUCGACGACUGCAAGAAGCCUUUGCACCACACUGCUCACUGGAUGUGCUGCCUGCAGUUGAAAUGUCUUCCUGACGAUAGUAUUGUUCAAUGAAUUCUCUACAAACAGCUAUCCAAUGUCUACCUGUGCACUUUAACCAUUUAUGCCUAAUAUACAUGUUCUAUAGUGUUAUGGAUUUUGUUAUUUUUAUCACACACAUAGUAUUUUAUUUCCACAAUUUACAGAAUGAAGUAUUGUAAUUUUUUGUACAUAAUGGGAAUAAACAGCAGUUCUUGUAUUGUUGAUGUGUUAUUUUGACAAAUGUUGCAGAAAUAAACACAAGUGUUUACCAUUGAGCCAACUGUGGCCCAAUUUUGUAAAGGAAAGACAAACUCCUCAUGUAAUUCACUGACUCAAUCACUGGGCUGCUUUCUUCAAUUCCUGCAAUUACAUCACUAUUGUGUUCAACUAAACAGGUCCAGGUUUCACACUGAGUAAUCACUCAUGAAGUUUUUGUGACUUUUUGUUUGGGGUGCGUUGUGACACUGGACUAUUCAGUAGCUGACAGCUCAGCUUUAAGCCUUUUUUUUAACUCACGGUAGUGUAGUGUAGAAAGUCCUCCAUUAGGUAUGUGUUUGACACCUUAUUUUCCAAACUCUUAAAAAAAAUACACCUACAAAAGGCCAAGUGCCAAACAUGUUCCUACAAAAAGGCAA